AUGCGGAUAGCUCCGCGAGGGCACGAGGUGCUCCUGGUACUCGUCUUUGCUGCCCACGUCCUGCUCGUCCCGCCAACGAAGGUCGAGGAGUCCUUCACGCUGCACUUCGUCCGGGAUGUUCUCGUGAACGGUGUAGAGGCGAGUGGCCUCGAGCGGUACGACCAUCUCGAGUUCACCGGCGCCGUUCCUCGUUCAACAAUCGGCCCACUCGCUCUCGCUGGACUUUCGGCACUUCCCCUCCGCCUCGCAAGCCAGUUGGAGCUCGUCAGGACAGGCGAUGAUGCUCAGCUUAUCGUACGCCUCACACUUGCCCUGGUGAACGCACUCGCACUCGCCUUCUUUUCGCGCCGAGUACGGGCAGCGUAUGGUGCAAAGGUGGCGAAGUACUUCCUCCUGUUGGCGGCGACGCAGUUCCACGUCCCCUUUUGGGCUGGCCGGACACUGCCCAACAUGCUCGCCUUUCCCCUUGUCCAAAUUGCCCUCGCCCUCCUCAUCACCCCGCCCGUUCUCUCGUCCGUCAGCAAACCUCGCUUCUCCACCCGCACGCACAUUCUCGGCGCAUUCUCCAUCCUCACCUUCGCCGCAGUCAUCAUGCGACUCGAGCUUGUAGCUCUCAUUGCGCCUUUCGCCCUUGAGCACCUGGCGCGGCGUCUCGUUGGACCGGGACAGCUGAUCGCGACGGGUUUGGUGGCUGCGGCCGGAAGUUUGGCCCUGAGCGUGCUGGUGGACAGCUACUUCUGGCGGAGCGAGACGUGGCUCUGGCCCGAAGGGCAGGCCUUCCUCUUCAACGUACUGCAGGGCCGUUCUGCGGAAUGGGGUAUCUCGCCGCCUCUCUACUACUUCACCUCGGCCCUCCCGAAACUCCUCCACCUCUCGCUCCUGCCCGCCGUCUUCUCCCUCCUCGCCGACCGCAGAACUCGCCGGCUCCUCUUCCCUUGUUUCGCCUAUGUCGCGAUCCUCAGCGUGCUCAAGCACAAGGAAUGGCGCUUCGUCGUCUACGUUGUUCCGGCUUUCACGGUCGGUGCUGCUGCAGGAAUCGUCGCCAUCGGAUCUCUUACCGCUUCCCCACGACUCCGCCGCGGCCUCUUGCUCACCAUCGUCGCGGUUAAUCUCCUCCUCACCGGCCUCGGUCUCCUCGCCUCAUCCGCCAACUACCCCGGCUACUCGGCGGUCACCUUCCUCAACAACUACCUCGCCGAGAACGCCUCGCCGACCGACGUUUCCGGACGGCCAAAGCAGGUGCAUGUUGGCAUCGAAGCGAAGAUGUCGGGCGCCAGCAACUUCGUCCUCCUCGACUCGGCGCACGCAACGCGAGUCAAGGAUGACAAGGCAUGGUACCUCUCUCGAUCAUCCUGGACGCCUCCGCCAGUCCAAUUCGACCGGAGCGAGGACCUAGCGUACUCGACUCUCGACCGCCUCGUCUCGGGCGGCCGCUUCGACUAUGCCCUCGUGGACGCGACGGAGUCGCAGGAUGAGGUCAAGGGAGGAGACGUUGAGGUGCUGUACCAGGCGACAGCUUUCGACGGCUUCGACUCGCGCGCUGUGGCUGCAGGACGCUGGAGGGAGUUUGCGAGAAAGGCAGUCAAGGUCAAGGUGGUCAAGCUGCGGUAG